CGGACUCGGAGAGGCCGCGGGUUCGGGCGAGUCUGCAGGAAACCCUUCCCCCCGGCAGCGCGGCGCGACACCGCCCCCGGGGCGGGCCCAGUGCGUGGCAGCGGGAUCGCCGGCCCCGUCGGGAAGUUUCCAGCCUGCGAGCGAGCGCCGCUGGACACGCCGGACGUUCCCAGACCCGGACCAUGCGGCUCCAGCUGCUCCUGGCCCCGCUGGGCUGGCUGCUCCUGGUCGAAACGAAGGGUGAUGCCAAGCCGGAGGACAACCUUUUGGUCCUCACAGUGGCCACAAAGGAGACCGAGGGGUUCCGACGCUUCAAGCGCUCAGCCCAGUUCUUCAGCUACAAGAUCCAGGCGCUGGGGCUGGGGGAGGACUGGCACGGGGAGAAGGAGAUGUCGGCAGGUGGAGGGCUGAAGGUUCGACUACUGAAGAAAGCCCUGGAGAAGCACGCAGACAAGGAGGACCUGGUCAUUCUCUUCACAGACAGCUACGACGUGCUGUUUGCCUCGGGGCCCCGAGAGCUCCUGAAGAAGUUCCGGCAGGCCAGGAGCCAGGUGGUCUUCUCUGCCGAGGAGCUCAUCUACCCAGACCGCAGGCUGGAGGCCAAGUACCCGGUGGUAUCUGACGGCAAGAGGUUCCUGGGCUCUGGAGGCUUCAUCGGUUAUGCCCCCAACCUCAGCAAACUGGUGGCCGAGUGGGAGGGUGAAGACAGUGACAGCGACCAGCUCUUUUACACCAAGAUCUUCUUGGACCCGGAGAAGAGGGAGGGGAUCAAUAUCACCCUGGACCACCGUUGCCGUAUCUUCCAGAAUCUGGAUGGAGCCUUGGAUGAGGUGGUGCUCAAGUUUGAAAUGGGCCAAGUGAGAGCAAGGAACCUGGCUUACGACACCCUCCCAGUCCUGAUUCAUGGCAAUGGGCCUACCAAGCUGCAGCUGAACUACCUGGGCAACUACAUCCCACGCUUCUGGACCUUUGAGACGGGAUGUGCUGUGUGUGAUGAGGGCCUGCGCAGCCUCGAGGGCAUCGGGGAUGAAGCUCUGCCCACGGUCCUGGUUGGCGUAUUCAUCGAACAGCCCACGCCGUUCCUGUCCCUGUUCUUCCAGCGGCUCCUGCGCCUCCACUACCCCCGGAAACGGCUGCGGCUUUUCAUUCACAGCCAUGAGAAGCAACAUAAGACUCAGGUGGAGCAGUUCCUGGCAGAGCAUGGCAGCGAGUACCAGUCUGUGAAACUGCUGGGCCCCGAGGUGCGGGUGGCGAACGCGGACGCCAGGAACAUGGGCGUGGACUUGUGCCGGCAGGACCGUGGCUGCACCUACUACUUCAGCGUGGAUGCCGAUGUGGCCCUGACCGAGCCCAAAACCCUGCAGCUGCUAAUCGAGCAGAACAAGAAUGUCAUCGCCCCGUUGAUGACCCGCCACGGGAGGCUGUGGUCGAACUUCUGGGGGACACUGAGUGCAGACGGCUACUACGCCCGCUCCGAGGACUACGUGGACAUUGUGCAGGGGCGGCGUGUCGGCGUCUGGAACGUGCCCUACAUCUCAAACAUCUACCUGAUCAAGGGCAGUGCCCUGCGGGCUGAGCUGCAGGAGAUGGACCUAUUCCACCACAGCAAGCUGGACCCGGACAUGGCCUUCUGUGCCAACAUCCGGCAGCAGGAUGUGUUCCUGUUCCUGACCAACCGGCACGCCUUCGGCCACCUGCUGUCCCUGGACAGCUACCAAACCACCCACCUCCAUAACGACCUCUGGGAGGUGUUCAGCAACCCCGAGGACUGGAAGGAGAAGUACAUCCACGAGAACUACACCAAGGCCCUGGCGGGGAAGAUGGUGGAGAUGCCUUGCCCAGACGUCUACUGGUUCCCCAUCUUCACGGAGACGGCCUGUGAUGAGCUGGUGGAGGAGAUGGAGCACUACGGCCGGUGGUCUCUGGGAGAUAACAGGGACAACCGCAUCCAGGGUGGCUAUGAAAACGUGCCGACCAUAGACAUCCACAUGAACCAGAUCAACUUUGAGCGGGAGUGGCACAAGUUCCUGGUGGAGUACAUCGCCCCCAUGACGGAGAAACUCUACCCGGGCUACUACACCAGGGCCCAGUUCGACCUGGCCUUUGUUGUCCGCUAUAAGCCUGACGAGCAACCCUCGCUGAUGCCACACCAUGACGCCUCCACCUUCACCAUUAACAUUGCCCUGAACCGGGUUGGGGUGGAUUACGAGGGCGGGGGCUGUCGGUUCCUGCGCUACAACUGCUCCGUCCGAGCCCCACGGAAGGGCUGGACUCUCAUGCACCCCGGGCGACUCACGCACUACCACGAGGGGCUCCCCACCACCAAAGGCACCCGCUACAUCGCAGUCUCCUUCGUCGAUCCCUAAUUGGCCCGGCCCGGCCACCACAGACCUUUUCCUCUUUGUCAACAACCACUGCCCAGCAGCCUCUGGGACCUCGGGGUCCCAGGGAACCAGAUCCAGCCUCCAGGCUCUUGACCUCUCAUUGCUCUUGGAGCCGCCAUCAGAGAGACUGGGCCACAGGCUAGAGGCAGAGCACACCUCCUUGGCUGGGACUUUCCUGGUGCUCCGGACACAGCCCCGGGGGAAACUGUUCACUUUCACUGCUUUGUAGCAACUCGUCCUUUCCCAUUCCUCUUCCUGAAAAACCUCUUCCGGCAACACUUGAGCAGAAGAGGGGCUGACCCAGCUGCCCAGAGAGACUCUCGGGGUGAGAAGCCACGCCCCAGAGCUUCUCCCCAGCAGAGCUGCAGCCCCGGGGAAUUCUGCUCCAAGCUUCAGGGUUGACACCGAGACCUGGAUCGGACUCAAGUCCCCACCCUGACCGUGGGACUGCUGAAGCCCCACCCUCCCUGGCUCCUAUCAUGAGAGCAAAACUCUGUCCCUUGGAGACGGUGACUCAGAAAACCUCCUGGGAGACAGGAAAUGCACGGAUGCCACAGCUCCAUCCUCUACUUGACCCUUGCUGGGGGCGCAGAGCAGGGAGUGCUGUGUCCACACACUGCACUGUGUCACCCUGUCUUGAAUGCCUCCAGAGAGAGGGACAGACAGUCAGAAACAGGAGAGUUUCUACUAAAGGUCAUUCAAACCACUGAGUGGGAGAUGCUGGGGUGGGCAGGUGUAUACAUUGUCAGGGCGGGUGUCUGCAGGGAGAAGCUUUAACAGCUCACGAUUGGCAAGGAAGGCCGGCCGUGGGUGACUUGGCAGACUGGGUCAGGCAGAUUGGGUGACUUGUGUUUCCCACACCCAGUCACAUGUGAUCUCCAUGUCAUUUGUAUAUUCCAUAAACCCUCCGUAUAAGCCAGGCACUGCUACCUGGGGCAUACUGUGUCAUCUCUUAAGAUCUGAAUCUGGUGUCACCCUCCUCUGAAGCCUUCGCUGACCACCCUUCUUGCAAACAUGAAUGUCAGGGAACAGUGAACUUCUGCCCCACCAUACCCUGGGCAGAUCUGUAGCACCAAUAACACUUCAGGGCAUUUAUUAAUAAUAAGCAGUAACCUCUAUCCGUCCCUGCUCUGGGCUGGGCAUCGUGCAUGUCAGGCCGGCUCAGCACGCAGUCCUCUGGGGUAGGGGCUAGCAUCACCUUUUUAUAGAUGAGGAAAUGUAGGCUUGGAGAGGCCAAGUGAUUGGCCUAAAGUCACACAAGUGGUAAGGACAGGGAUUUGAAUAUGAUUUCAGCAGAAAUCUGGUCCCUGCCUGCCCCCCCCCACCCCCGCACCACCAGGCAUCCUGUAAUCAGUGGUGAGGACAAAAAACCAAAUGCAGUUCACUGUGGACCCGGUGUGAUAAAUGCCACAGUGGUUGUAAGAACUGCUGUGGGGAGCAGGAGGGACCAGCAGCAUGUGUAACAAUGCUUCUCACCUGAGGUGAUUUUGCCCCCAAGGGCAUUUGGCAAUGUCUGAAGGGAUUUGGGGUUGUCACACCCUGGGAAGGGGGGUGGAAUGCUGCUGGCACUAGUGAGUAGAGGCCGGGGACGCUCCUAAACAUCCUGCAAGGCAUCCCUGCCCCCCAACAAAGAAUUACCCAGCCCCAAAUAUCAGUAGUGCUGAGGCUGAGAAGCCUGCUAGCAGAUGCCAUUUAAGCUGGGCCUUGGAGGGGCAGGAGGUAUCCAAUAGGCAGAGACACUCUUUAGGUCAAGGGCUAGAGCUGGGAAGGCACAGGUGGGGUCUGAGAAGCAGGUUGGCUCGUGUGGGUGGGGUGGAGGGGGUCAGAUUGCAAAACCCAUUUUCCCCGGCUAAGGAGACUUGGACUUUAUUUAAUUGGAGUCAUUCAGGGGUUUUGCAUAUAUAUACUAAAGAUAAGUUUUUAAAAAAAUUUUUUUUAAAUUGAAGAAUAAUUGAUUUACAAUGUUUCAGGUAUACAGCAAAGUGAUUCAGUUAUGUGUAUAUUCUUUUCCAUUAUAGGUUACUACAAGAUAUUGAAUAUAGUUCCCUGUGCUAUACAUUAGGUCUUUGUUGCUUAUCUAUUUUAUUUACAGUAGUUGUGUAUGUGUCAAUCCCAAAUCCCUAAUUUAUCCCUUCCCUCUAAAGAUAAGUUUCUGUGUUUAAAAAACCCAUGGUGAAUUCAAACAGUGCAAAUCUUAAUCUCUUUCCCAUCUCUCACCCCCGGCUUCCCAGUUCUCCUCAGAAGUGACCAUGCCUUAUCUGUUUCUUGGGUGUCCUUUCUGAGAGGGUCUGUGCUAUACGUGUGUGUGUGUGUGUGUGUGUGUGUGUGUGUCUUAGGGUUGUUUUUCAUUGUUAACCUUUUUCUGAUUACAAAUGCAAUUCAUGUCCACCAUGGAAAAGUUCAUCAAAAUAGAAAUAGGUAAUGUGGAAAAGAUGUCCUGCAAAUGCACCCCACCCCUGCCCUGCAGCCCCACAAUCACACCACCAGCCAAGCUAGGGGAGCCUUGUCACUGGAGGCCUCACAGCUUGAGGCAAUGCUUCAGAGAGAAAGCAGGGUGCUGGGUGGACGGUCAUACUAGAGGCUGGGGAUGGAUUCCAAGGCUCCUGCAGCAGCCCAGGCAAGUGACCAGCGCCUAGGCCAGAGCUCGCAGGAGGGAAUGGACAGGACAGAUGUUUAAGGGGGAGAUCCUCCAGGCCUCCUCCUGACUUGGGCAAGAUUCUGCCAAGGAAGGGAAAUGGAAUUCACUUCGUGCCCUUGGAGUAUUGACAGUCCCCUUAGGGAGGCCAGGGAGCUUGGGGGAGGAAAACAGCUGCUCUACAAGGCGGCAAGUACAGGCCCCCAUGUGUGCCACAUCCAGAGGCCUGGCCACACCCUGAGGCAGGGUCUGAGUGUGGCCUCACAAAGUCUGGGGUCUGACUCUUAGGAUGGGAGGCUUCUAGCUCACUUAGCACAGAAAGAGCGGGACAGCUACCUCUGACCAACCUCACUGGGAACUGAUAAGCUGGUUGGUCCAGAGGCUAACGAUUUGCCUCUUGAGGUGUCCAUAGGCAAGAUUCUACCAUGGUUAUAAAGCAGUGCAGUCCAGUAGGAAUAAAGUUGGCCUUCCUUAUCCAAAUAUGUAUUUGCAUGUGGUGGGGCUGUUCUACACCAUUUUAUGUAAGGGACCUGAGCACUGGAGGAUUUUGGUGUCCCGGGAGGGUCCUGGAACCAAUCCCCUGUGGAUACCGAGGUACAACUGUAUAAUGUGAACCACAAAUCCGAGUGUAGAGGAAAAACUCUAUUGUUUUUCCUUAUACUCCACACAAUACUCCACUUAAUGACACUUCUGGUCACCAAAUGUGUCUGGGUUUUUCCCACACCAAGCAGUCCUCCAAUUCUGAGUGAAAACAGAAAGGCUGUCUUGGGGAUAGCAUCAGAUCCCAUAGGUUAAGGGCUCAGUCCCAGAAGACCGUCCCCACUUCAAAUGCCAAUUGCAAGUCCAGGUUGUCACCUGUGCUUCUGAUGAAUCGUUUAUAAAUUGGAGGGUCCCAUGAGCCCCUCCUGAAGUUUGAUUAAUUUACUAGAGGGGCUCACAGAACUCAGGAAACAGUUACUUACUAGAUUACCAGUUUAUUAUAAAGGGAUACCACUUAGGAACAGCUAGAUGGAAGAGAUGCAUAGGACAAGGCAUGUGGGAAGGAGUGAGGAGUUUCCAUGCUUUUUCUUUUCUUUUUUUAUAAACUUAUUUAUUUAUUUAUUUUUGGCUGCAUUGGGUCUUUGUUGCUGUGCACCGCUUUCUCUAGUUGCGGUGAGCAGGG